UACCCCAUAAUAGUCAGUUUAAUGUGGCUGGUCCUCUAAAUCACAGAUUUGCUGCCGGGUAAACAGAGCUUUGCAGCCCUAAUUACACAUGCCGGGAGCAUACACGUCUGUGGCUCAAUGAUUCGUGCAAGGAACAAAAACCUUGCUACUCCACAAACCCAUAGACCUAAAGAUUCUGUCACGGUUGUAGUUGGUUCAAACAAUCCUGUUCAACUACAAGACUUUUCUGGCAGCAAGAGCCGCCCCCACAGCGUGUGAGGAAGAGCCGGCGCAGUGCACACUGGGUCAGGACAACCCCUUUCCCGCGCAGUGUGAGCAGAGUCUGCGCUGUAGCCGCCAUGUUGCUUGCAGCCGAUACCAACACUCUGUAAUUGUGUCUAUCCCAACCCCCCCCUUCUCCUUUCCCGUAGGCCUGGUCCGGAGUCGCAAGAAGGAGGAGGCAGCCGCGGAGAAAGCAGGGAGCAGUCCCGCUUGUUUCCACCCGAGCCAUGUCCACCAAGGACGGUAAACACUCCACCACCGAGCGGGCAGUUAAAUCUGUACCUUUUCCCCCAACUAAUCGAUUAACAUCUGAAGAUGUGUUUGACACUGAUGGAAAGCCCAGGGUAGAUAUUCUGAAGAACCAUUUAAUAAAAGAAGGUCGUGUAGAUGAAGAAAUUGCACUAAGGAUUAUCAAUGAGGGAGCUGCAAUUUUACAGCGUGAAAAGACCAUGGUAGAAGUCGAAGCUCCAAUUACAGUUUGUGGCGAUAUACACGGGCAAUUCUUUGACUUGAUGAAAUUGUUUGAAGUUGGUGGAUCACCAGCUAACACAAGAUACCUCUUUCUAGGGGACUAUGUAGACAGAGGUUAUUUUAGUAUAGAGUGUGUUUUAUAUUUAUGGGUUUUAAAGAUCCUGUACCCCAACACGCUUUUUCUUUUAAGAGGCAAUCAUGAAUGCAGACACCUUACAGAAUAUUUCACUUUUAAGCAAGAAUGUAAAAUAAAAUAUUCAGAAAGAGUAUAUGAGGCCUGUAUGGAAGCUUUUGAUUGUCUUCCGUUAGCUGCACUUUUAAACCAACAAUUUCUGUGUGUUCAUGGUGGACUAUCCCCAGAAAUACAUACUUUAGAUGACAUUAAAAGAUUAGACAGGUUUAAAGAGCCUCCUGCAUUUGGCCCUAUGUGUGACUUAUUAUGGUCCGAUCCUUCAGAAGAUUUUGGUAAUGAAAAAUCACAGGAACAUUUCAGUCAUAAUACAGUAAGAGGUUGCUCUUACUUCUAUAGCUACCCUGCAGUUUGUGAGUUUCUACAAAAUAAUAACUUGUUGUCAGUCAUCAGAGCACAUGAAGCUCAAGAUGCAGGUUACCGAAUGUACAGAAAAAGUCAAACUACAGGGUUUCCGUCUUUAAUAACAAUAUUUUCAGCACCCAAUUACUUGGAUGUCUACAACAAUAAAGCUGCUGUAUUAAAAUAUGAAAACAAUGUCAUGAACAUCAGACAGUUCAACUGCUCACCACAUCCAUACUGGCUGCCAAAUUUUAUGGAUGUCUUCACGUGGUCAUUGCCAUUUGUUGGCGAAAAAGUUACUGAGAUGUUGGUGAAUGUUCUGAGUAUUUGCUCCGAUGAUGAGCUUAUGACUGAGGGUGAAGACCAGUUUGACGAACGACUCAUAUAUGGCAAUAAAAAAGUAGGUACAGCAGCAGCUAGAAAAGAAAUUAUCAGGAAUAAAAUUCGGGCAAUUGGCAAGAUGGCAAGAGUCUUCUCUGUGCUCAGGGAGGAAAGUGAAAGUGUGUUGACACUGAAGGGUUUAACACCCACUGGAAUGCUGCCUAGCGGAGUACUUGCUGGAGGACGACAGACUCUACAAAGUGCCACAGUUGAGGCAAUUGAGGCUGAUAAAGCAAUACGAGGUUUCUCACCGCAACAUAAAAUCUGCAGUUUUGAAGAAGCAAAGGGAUUGGACAGGAUCAAUGAAAGAAUGCCUCCGAGAAAAGACGGGAGGCAGCAAGACGGUAUUCAUUCCGUAAACGCGAAUGCCAAGGAAAAUAACGGGACUGGCAACAACAACGUCCAAUGACUGCUCUAGUUCAGCGUUUACCCUGCCUGAGAAGUCCCUAGAUUCAUGCUUUGUCUGAGAACAGCUUCGAUAGCUACAGGGAUGGACAAUACCUACACAGACUAUGGAAGCUCCAGGAAUAUGCAGUGCUCCUGUUUUAUUGCUUUCCACCAGACGACCGCAUUGCUUUGUAGGGUUUGGACAGUCCCUGGGCAUGUGCAGAACUUGCCAUUAUCAUGGGAAAAAGAUGGGGCUGUUUUCUUGAAAGCACUUCUAGUGUUGCAUCUCACGCUUUUCAUUGCUGACACUUAAGUUUACAAAUGGAAAUCUUGUUUUCGUUCACUAGAUUUUUGUUUUUUUCUUUUCUGAUAAGAAA